GACAUAUUUCAUGGAAUAAAUAUUUUCAAAAUUGUAAAUUAAAUCUUUUAAAAGUUUAAUGAGUUUAGAUAUUAAUUUACACGAAAUAAAUUAAAUUUAUAGUAUUUUUAUAUUAAAUAUUUUUGUGUGUAGAUGAUUAAUUUUCAAAGCAUUAAAUAUUUAUUGUGAAUAUUCUCUAAAUUUUAUGAUAUAGAAUCUGCAUUGUGGAACAUUAAAAACAGUACAUGUAUCCACACUUCGGUGUGUGUAUGUUAGAUGCUUUGAUAACGUCUUCAGUACAAAAUAACUAUAGUUAAAGCCCUCAGUAUUAUCAAUAUAAACUAAAAACAAUGAGCUUUAACCGAUUUUUAAUAAUAAAUGAGUAUUUUUUGUAUAUAUGUGCAAUAAACUAUUUUUUUUUAUCUAUAGUAUUAGGUGAAAGUGAACCAAUAUAUGAUGGUAGAUUUCAAAUGAUAAUGACAUCUAUGAAACCUGAAAAUGCAAUACCAUCACAAACCAAGGAUAACCUUGGUUUUCUACAUGCAUUUGUAGCAUCUUUAUCUGUCAUCGUUGUUUCUGAGUUGGGAGACAAAACUUUCUUUAUUGCUGCUAUUAUGGCAAUGAAACAUCCAAGAUUGACAGUUUUUAUAGGGGCAAUUAGUGCUUUAGCUUUAAUGACUCUUCUUUCAGUAAUUUUUGGAUAUGCCGCAACCAUAAUUCCUAGUGUUUAUACAUAUUAUAUUUCUACUGCACUUUUUGCUUUAUUUGGCUUAAAAAUGUUACGAGAUGGUUAUAAAAUGUCUGCAACUGAAGGACAAGAGGAAUUAGAAGAAGUACAAUCAGACUUAAGAAAGCGAGAGGAUGAGUAUGAAAAAGAAACAGGAAGCACUUUAGUACAAGAUCCAGAAACUGGUGUUAUAAGGAAAGCAACAAAAAUUAGUGCACUGAUGCUCCUAUCUAGGAUAUUUCUUCAAGCAUUUACGUUAACAUUUCUUGCAGAAUGGGGUGAUCGUUCACAACUUACAACUAUUAUACUUGCAGCAAGAGAGGAUGUUUAUGGAGUUGUAAUAGGUGGAAUAUUGGGACACUCAUUUUGCACAGGAUUGGCAGUAUUAGGAGGACGAAUGAUAGCUCAAAAAAUUUCAGUAAGAACAGUGACCAUAAUUGGUGGAUUGGUAUUUCUACUAUUUGCUUUAACAGCACUUUUUAUUAGUCCCACGGAAGAUGUAUGAAAACAAUAUACAGUAUUUAUGUAGCUAUAUGUCAUGAAAUAUAUUUUGCUAUAAGAUAAUGUACAUAUUUUUUCUAUUUGUGUACAGACUGUUAUGAAAUAGUAAAAAUCAUAAUGUACACUAAAUUUUAUUUCUGAAAAGUACUUAUGUAUAUAUUUUGUACAUUAUGUUUAAAAUUAUAUUGAUAUAAAUAAUUAAUAAUGUGAAUAAAAUUAUUGUAAGAUUAAAUGAUAUAAUAUAUCAAACACUAAACAACAAUGUAUAAAUAUAGUGUAAAAAUAAUAAGUAAUAUUGUUAUAAGCUAUUUUAUUGAAUAUUUUGUUAGAAUAUAUAUACAAUCUACUUACAUUACAUAAAUUUCUCAAGAAAUUUUUUAAAAGACAUUUAUAUUAAAUUACUAUUAUUAUUCUUGUUGUUGUUCUAUUGUUAUUAUUAUUAUUACUGUUGCUACUAUUAUUUUUGUUAUUAUUAUUAUCAUUAUUAUUUUGCUAAUACUAUAUUAUUUUAUGUAUAUUAUGAAAAAUUAAUGUAUUAAAUCCACAUUUAUAUAUUAGGAUUAUAAAUAUGGAAAAACAUGAUUUUUAUGUAUAAUUAAAUUUUAAUUAAUGUCAAACAUGUAAUAUUUCUUUUAUAUAUAAAUAUAGAAUUAACGAUAUA